AUGUCUUACCCAUACCCAGCACUAACCCCGGAGCAGAAGGAGCUGUCUGACAUCGCUCACCGAAUUGUGGCUCCGGGCAAGGGCAUCCUGGCCACAGAUGAGUCCACUGGAAGCAUUGCUAAGUGGCUGCAGUCCAUUGGCACUGAGAACAACGAAGAGAACAGGCUCUUCUACCGCCAGCUGCUGCUAACUGCUGAUGACCGUGUGAACCCCUGCAUUGGAGGGGUGAUCCUCUUCCACGAAACACUCUACCAGAAGGCGGAUGAUGGACGUCCCUUCCCCCAAGUUAUCAAGUCCAAGGGCGGUGUUGUGGGCAUUAAGGUAGAUAAAGGCGUGGUACCCCUGGCAGGAACCAAUGGUGAGACCAUGCCUACUAAGCAGAGGUGA